AUGUUCAAUUCAAUUCUUCUUCUCGUUCCUAUCAUCCUUGCAUUCAUGUUUACCUCUGUCAAUUCAAUGCGGUUUAGCCUUACAUCAGGUGAACCCAAAUGCAUCAGUGAGGAUAUCAAGAGCAAGGCCAUGACCGUCGGUAAUUAUUCCGUCGUUAAUCCCGGUGAAGGCUAUCCAAUUCCUGAUUCUCACAGGUUAACUGUCAGGGUUCGGUCGCCUAAAGGGAACAAUUACCACUUUGGGAAUAUGGUGACUUCUGGUAAUUUUGCAUUUACAACAGCUGAAGCUGGUGACUACACAACUUGUUUUACGGCGCGGGAACGCAAACCGCCGCUAACUGUGAUGGUUGAUUUUGAGUGGAGAGCUGGUAUGGCGGAGAGGGACUGGUAUAAGAUUGCGAAAAAAGAUCAUAUUGAAGUAAUGGAAUACGAGUUACAGAAGAUGUUUGACACUGUCACAUUCAUCCACGACGAGAUGUUUUAUCUUCGAGGAAGGGAGGAGGAGAUGCAAGAUCUUAACAGAACGACUGAUAAUAAGAUGUUUACAUUCAUUUUCCUUUCAAUCACGGUUUGCUUGUCUGUUGCUGGUAUGCAACUAUGGCAUUUGAAGACAUUCUUUGAGAGGAAGAAGCUCCUCUAA